AUGUCGACAUCCAAACUAUACCCGACGUACUACGGGUAUGUGGGCUCCACCAAGGACGCUCUCUUGAUCAUCCAGGAGAUUGUGGACAAGCAGUUGGAGUUGGUCCCCAGAAGACCACACGAACGUGAGAGACCAAGCUUGAUCAAGUCAGGCAACGUUUUCGUGUUCAUUGAGGAACACUCAGGCAUCAAGCGAUGGACAGAUGGCAUUGCCUGGUCGCCGUCGCGGAUCUUGGGUCGUUUUCUCGUGUAUAGAGAGCUUGAUAAACACUCGCUCAGUGAGAAAGACGACAAGAAGAAGAAGAGACGCAAGAUCAGCGUGGACCAAGAUCCUUUGGACACCUCGACGUCGUCGUCGACUGGUGCUAAGCAGAGAGGCCCAUCCAUUCCGCAUGCUCAGCAGCUCCUACCCCAAAACGAAGGCGCCUUGGACUACAACAAUAGCAACAAUAACUCCAACAAAAACUCGCUAGGUGCGUUGGUGACCUCGUACGUGUUCAAGGACCAGGGGCUCAUCAAGAAGACCCUAAGCCUCACUACAACCACAAAAGAGUUGCACAUCGAGAAGAGAGUGGCCAAGCAAACCAUCCAUCUAAUCAGCUACUACAACGCGGAUGACGUGUUGAACGGAAAGUUGCAGAGACCUUCCAAGACAGAUUUGAAGGACCUCACAAUCUCCAACGCGCUCUGGAACUCUGUCAAGGACUCGUCUUUGGGCGGCAAGAUCCCUAUGGAGGACGAGGCCUACUACUUUUUGGACACGAACUACCAAUUGCAAAAUAUGUCGCUAUUGCAGCAAGCCCCCCAAGCGCCAAACCAGGCGCUUGUGGCCAAGCAUCGUGGCCAAUCGCAAUCGCAGCCACAACAUCCUGGCCAGCAUCAGCAGCAGUUACAACAUCAGCAACUCCAACACCAAAUGCUCUCGCCACAACAGAUGCAAUAUAUGCAAAAGUUUGGCGUGCAAUCGCAGCAGGGCGCUGAAAACAUUCCACCAGGCUUUUCUCGUCACAAUUCACGCCACAACUCACAUCCACCAACCCAUACUACCUCUGCCCAGCAGUACCUAUCUCCCGUGACUCAGCAGCAACAAACGCAACAGGUUCUGCAAUAUCAAACAGGGGCACACCAGGGGUUGCCUGUUGAUUACUCGCAGUAUCCUUCAAACAAUAGCGGCAACAUUAAGCGGGAGGAUGAGCAGACAAACAAUGCAGUGGUUGCAAAUGAACUUACGUUCAUCAACCCCUUCACUGGCGCUCCCCAUCAAUCCAACUUUUCCUACGGUCAAAAUAGUGUUGCAUUGGGAGGAUCUGGUAAUGUUCCUGGUGCAGGUUCGGGCCCAGCGUCUACGGCUAGUGGUGCAGUUCCAAUGUUAAACAUGGCUGCUCCCCAGCAAUACCAUCCUGGUUAUGCCCAAAUAGCUCAACCGCAACACGAGGCAAAUCUCGUGAAUGCAAGCAACUCUGCAAACUCUUUCUUCCCUCCGUUCCCACAACACUACCAACAACAGCUAUAUGCCAACCAACAGCAACACCAGGCGCCACAUCAUUCUCAAGCUUCCCAGCAGUCACAAUCACACCAACAGGGUCAUCUGACCCAGCAACAGGCUCCCCAACAAUUACAACAAUCUUAUCAGUUAGGGUCUAUCUCUGGUUCCAGCGAUCAAUUCUCGAUCAGUGGAGGGGUUUCCAACGGUUCGGUCAGCUCAAUUAAUAGUAAUAUCCCACCAGCUGGCUCGAAUUCUAACAGUUUCAGUGGUGUAGUGUCAGGAGCACCAACCAAAAAGAAUUAUCGCAGUGGCAGUGGAGGAACGUCUACCAAUAGUAUCAGCAGCACCACUGGAAAUAGCGGCUCGGGUGGCUGGUUCACUACAAACCCACCAAUUGGGUCUUCUGCCCCUUAUAUCAGUUCUGCCCCUCCCCCAUUAGCAGGAAAUGAGGGAGGAGAGGUCAGUGGUAGCGUGAGUGGCCCUUCGAGUCAUUUGUACCAUCCCAUCAACAGCACUGCUACGUCUGGAGGCGUCAACGCACAUUCUAAUUUAGGUGGUACUCCACAUCAUUUUUACAUGCAUCCGUCGCAUCCAUUAGCAAACAACACUACUGGAAUGUCCGGAAGUAGCAACACUUUGGCUGGUGGUUCCGAGGAAACUUCUGUGCCUACUCCUGCUGUUUCAGGUUCUGCUACCACCAACACUGGCUCCUACGGGUAUCAAAACUCGAAUUGA